UCAUUCGCGCUCAAUGCGUCCGCUGCUGCGACGCGUUGUGGGUUGUGACAGCCCGUUGUCUAUGGGAGUGCUUGCUCGUAUCGAAUUUGUGACAAAAUAUUUCAUGUACAGUGAAAUAAGGGAAAUUAUUACAUUUCUCGCAUGACAGUGAAUAAAAUAAGCGUUUGAAUAUGGCGUUGGAGGGUGUGAAAAGUGAAAAAAGUGAGGAAAACAACGGCAACGUACCAGACGGCAAGGCGAACGGGAUCGACAACAAAAGUAAACAGAUAGAACCCAACACAGCAUUCUUACGAGCGGCGCGCGCAGGCCAGCUGGACACAGUUGUCGACCUGCUCGACUCCGGCGCAGUCAAAGACAUCAACACAUGCAACUCGAACGGGCUGAACGCGCUUCAUCUCGCCGCUAAAGAUGGCCACAUUUCGGUUGUGGAGGAGCUGCUCAAACGAGGCGCCACUGUAGACGCCGCUACUAAGAAAGGAAACACAGCCCUACACAUAGCAUGCCUCGCAGGGCAAGAGGCCGUAGCGCAGGCGCUGCUGGCGGCGGGGGCGAAGGCCGACGCGCAGUCCGCCGCCGGCUUCACCCCGCUGUACAUGGCGGCGCAGGAGAACCAUGCCGGCUGCGUCAAAAUGCUGUUAGCUGCGGGGGCCAGCCAGACCCUCGCUACAGAGGAUGGGUUCACACCGCUAGCAGUGGCGAUGCAGCAGGGCCACGACCGAGUAGUCGCUGAGCUACUGGAAUCCGACACGAGAGGGAAGGUGCGGCUGCCAGCGCUGCACAUAGCUGCCAAGAAGAAUGACGUCAAAGCUGCCACUCUGUUGUUAGAGAACGAGCACAACCCCGACGCGUGCUCGAAGUCGGGCUUCACGCCGCUGCACAUCGCGGCGCACUACGGCAACGCGGGCGUGGCGCGCGCGCUGCUGGCGGCGGGCGCGGACGCGGGCCGCGCCGCCAAGCACAACAUCACGCCGCUGCAUGUCGCCAGCAAGUGGGGGCAGCUCGCUAUGCUUGAUCUACUCGUUGAGAACGGAGCGAACAUAGCAGCAGUGACUCGCGACGGGCUGACGCCGCUGCACUGCGCGGCCCGCUCCGGACACAGCAACGUGGUGUCGCGUCUGCUGCAGCAUGGCGCGCCCAUCACCAGCAAAACCAAGAACGGCUUGACCCCUCUCCACAUGUCCGUGCAAGGCGAACACGUGGAGACGGCCAAGGUGCUGCUGUCUGAGGGCGCGCCCAUCGAUGACGUCACCGUCGACUACCUCACCGCGCUGCAUGUGGCCGCGCACUGUGGACAUGUCAAGGUUGCAAAACUUCUAGUAGACAGGAAUGCUGACGCGAACGCGCGAGCCCUCAACGGGUUCACACCACUACACAUUGCCUGCAAGAAGAACCGGCUCAAAGUCGUCGAAUUGCUACUCAAAUAUGGAGCCAGCAAGUCAGCAACAACAGAGUCCGGGCUCACUCCCCUCCACGUGGCCUCGUUCAUGGGCUGCAUGAACAUAGCCCUGGUCCUGAUCGGCGCGGGGGCCUCCAAGGACGCGGCCACCGCCCGCGGCGAGACCCCCCUGCACCUGGCCGCCAGGGCUCACCAGACUGACCUAGUCAGGGUGCUGCUGAGGAAUAAUGCCAAGGUGGACGCCCGCGCCCGCGAGGAGCAGACCCCGCUGCACGUGGCGGCGCGCAUCGGCCACGCCGACAUCGCGGCGCUGCUCGUGCAACACGGGGCCGACGUCACUGCCACCACCAAGGACCGAUACACACCGCUGCAUAUUGCCGCUAAAGAAGGCAAAGAAGAAGUAGCAGCGAUCCUCCUGGAGCACAACGCGCCCAUCGAGGCGGAGACCCGCAAGGGCUUCACGCCGCUGCACCUGGCCGCCAAGUACGGCGACACGGGCGUGGCGCGCCUGCUGCUGGCGCGCGGCGCCGCCCCCGACGCGCCCGGCCGCUCGCACAUCACGCCGCUGCACAUGGCCACCUACUACGGGCACCCCGACAUCGCGCUGCUGCUGCUCGACAAGGGUGCCUCGCCGCACUCGCUCGCGAAGAACGGCCACUCCGCGCUGCACAUCGCUUGCCGACACAACCAUCCCGACAUCGCUUUCGCAUUACUUGAACACGAUGCGGACCCCAGUGUCAAGUCGAAGGCAGGCUUCACUCCAUUGCAUAUGGCGGCACAGGAAGGUCAUGAAGACUGCGUCGAGAUGCUCAUUGAACGCGGCGCUGAUGUCAAUGUACCUGCUAAUAAUGGUCUAACACCAGUCCACCUGGCGGCGUCAGAAGGCCGCACGGGGGUCCUAAAGGCGCUGAUGUCAGCGGGCGGGCAGGUGAGCGCGCGCACCCGCGACGGGUACACGCCGCUGCACGCCGCCGCGCAUCACGGACACCACGCCGCCGCGCGCGCGCUGCUCGCCGCCAACGCCGAUGUUACUGCCAGGGCUGCGCAUGGAUUCACACCUCUGCACCAGGCGGCACAGCAAGGCCACACGCUCAUCCUGCAGUUACUGCUGAAACACAACGCCGAUCCCAACGCAUUGUCUGCUAAUGGCCAGACAGCGUGUGCGAUCGCCGACCGCCUUGGCUACAUUAGUGCCGUCGAGGCUCUCCGGCCGGUCACCGAGAACACGCUCAGCCAAGCUGUGGGUGAUUCCGGUGGUUUAGAAGGCAAAUACAGAGUGGCGGCGCCUGAGCUCAUGCAGGAUACAUUCAUGAGUGACUCGGAAGACGAAGGAGGCGAGGUGGAGUGCCCGAUCCAGCAGCAGCAACAGUACCGCUACAUGAACAGCGAGGCGGGCACGCUGCACCGGGCCAAGCCGCUCGAAGACACUGUCACCGAUGGACACCUCUGGCCCAGCAACAAUGACAAGAAAGUCGCCACUAUUGACCGACAACCUCUUGACAUCGGAUUCCUGGUGUCGUUCGUGGUGGACGCGCGCGGUGGGGCGAUGAAGGCGAAGCGCCGCGGUGGCGUGCGAGUCAUCGUGCCGCCCGCCGCCUGCGCAGCGCCUACUAGAGUCACCUGCCGAGCGGCUACAAGACGCGCCCCGGCCGCCGCCCCUCCCCCCCUGAUGGAGGGAGAGGCACUCGCCUCAAGACUGUUGGAGCUGCAGCCACAAGGCGCAAAGUUCUUGGCUCCAGUAAUAAUCGAAGUGCCGAUCUACACGUCGUCUUGCAAGGAGCGCGAGAUCGUGAUCCUCCGCUCGGACACCGGCGAGACCUGGCAGGACCACUACCUGCACAACAACGACAACCCGCUCAUACAGGAAGCACUCCAACGUUCGAAACAAGAGUUCGGCGGCAGUGAAACCGUCCGCGAGAACGGCGAGCGCGUGACGCGCAUCGUGACGUGCGACUUCCCGCACUACCUGGCGUGCGUGUCGCGCGUGCGGCAAGAAGUGCACAUCAUCGGGCCCGAGGGCGGGACCAUCUCCAGCGCGCAUAUACCGCAGGUGCAGGCGCAGUUCCCGGCGGCGGCGCUGACGAAGCGCAUCCGCGUGGGGCUGCAGGCGCACGCGGCGGCGGGCGCGCUGUCGCGGCGCCUGCUGCCGCGCCACGCCGCCGUGUCGCCCGUGCUCACCGUCGAGCCGCGCCGCCGCAAGUUCCACCGCUCCAUCACGCUCACUGCGCCGCUGCCGGCCUACCAGGGUGGCACCGAGAAGCCGUCCACCAGCAACCUCCGCCUGCUGUGCAGCAUCAUGGGCGGGCAGGCGCGCGCCGUGUGGGAGGACGUCACGGGCUCCACGCCGCUCACCGUCACUGAGGACUGCGCAUCCUUCACCACUACUGUUUCAGCAAGAUUCUGGAUGAUGAACUGUCAAAACGUCAGCGACGCCACGAAAUUGGCUACGGAACUUUACAGGGAGAUGUUAUUGGUACCGUUUGAAGUCCGUAUCGUGGUGCUGGGCAAGCGGCUGGACGCGCUCGAGGGACGCCUGCUCGUCAUGUACAUCACCGACAGAUACGCUUACGAGACUCUGCUGCAACAGGAGCAUUACUCCGAGGUGGCUCACUCCACAUCGGUCCGAUUCCUGGACACGAAGGAGGUCUACCUGGAGUUCUCCGGAAACCUCGUGCCCGUCACCAAGUCCGGCAGCCAGCCCAUGUUUACGUUCGAGGCAUUCAAAGACAACCGCGUGGAGUUCACAGUGCGAGUGAAGCACCACGAAGAGAAUCCGUCUGGAAGGAUUUAUUUCAUGAACGAACCUAAGGUGGCCCGCGGCGAGCAGUCGCAGACGCCGGCGUGCGUGCUGGACGUGCAGCUGCCCGCGCGCAUCGCGCCCCGCGCGGCCAAGAGCCAGCUAGACUACCUCAACCUCGACCAGUCUGGUUUCGACGCGCUGAAGGACGAGCUCAGUUUCAACUGGGGUGGUGACCACAACAACAGCAUCGGACCUGCCUCGCUGCCGUACUCCAACGACCGACAGCUUAAUGGGCAUGACAAGAUAAUUACCAACGGUGGCGUCAAAUACUCUACUACUGACAGCGAUGACGGCAAAGACGCAAAGCCUCAUGUAAACGGCGACACACUGCACGUAGACUCAAACAAAACUAAAGCGACCUUCGAUUCAGAUGAAGAUAAGACCCCCAUGAACACUCUAGAAAAAGGCAAGAAGAAGCAAGAGGGAGGCGUCGGCUUCCUUGGAGGCCUCGCCGACAAAGUCAUGAAUGUCUUCGGCCAUGGAGAGGACAAAGAGGCAGAAAAAGACGAACAAGAACCUAAAGAGGACAAAGAAACCUCUCCCAAGCCUCAACCUAAACCCAGAGAGAGCAAAGAGGAAUCCCCCAAGAAAUCGCCACCUAAACCAGCCCCAAGACUCAUCAACGAAGACCUAUUAGGCAAAGUCGAUGAUAUGUUCAAAGACCUCAAAUCUAAACCCCAUUUGAAAGACGAUGAUGAUCCCAACAACCAAGUUUAUACCACAAAGUUGAUUGUGGAUGAAGAAAACCGUAAACCAGUUGAAGAAAACCUUUACGAACAGUACGAGCUCAUGCAGCCAGUCGAUACACCUUUAUAUAAUAAGAAAGUGGACCCCUUCCAAUUCUACGUCGGGUGCUGCGAAGGCAAAUACAAGGCCGGUCAGAAACACAGACAUGACGAAACAUCCAACGUUGUUGACAGGAUAGAACAAGUACAUUUCGCUGCCCAUGAGAAACUGCAUGAUGUUGCUGGUGAUCUUCAUGAUAAUAUGGCUGAAGGUCUGUGCAUCAUUGAGGAGGAGAAAGACAAAACCAAGCAAAAGGCUGGAGAAGCCACUGAUGAUUUAGUUCAUGAUUAUGAGAAGGUUAAGUUUGAUGCUCAAGAUAAAGUACAUGAGUUUGAAGAUGCGGCGCGAGGCAAGUUGAAUGACCUUGCAGACUCAGCUGAUAAGGUCAAGGACGAUGUCAAUGCUAAAGUAGAUGAUGCCAAGUCCGAUGCUAAUGAUGCUGUAGAAAACGCCAUACAUAAUGUAGGAAUCGUUAAAGAUAAUCUCAACAGCAAAGCAAUGGCACUCAACUUCGCAGCCAUGGAAAGAGCCGAAGAAUUGAAAUUGAGAGGAGAAGAAACAGCCGCAGAUAUCAAAGCAGCCGCUGGAAAAGCUGCAGAAAACAUCAAAAGUAAAGCGCAAGAUGGCGCUAAUGCUGUCAGUGAAACUGUCCAUGAUGCCAAAGAAAGUGCAAGCAAUAAGGCACAAGAAAUUAAAUCGAAUGCCAAGGAAUCACUUGAUAAUGCUAAAACUUCUGCUAAUGACAAGCUCAAGUCAAUGGGUGACUCGUUAGAAGGCGUUAAAGAAAAGUCCAAGAAAGAACUAAAGAAAGAAGCUAAGGAAGCUAAGAAGAAGGCGAAAGAAGGAAAGAACUUUUUCACCGGUCUAGUUCAAAACAUUUUCGGAGAAAAGGAGAAACUAGAGGAUGAGUUGAAGAAUAAGGUAGCUGAAGGCAAAGAGUCAGCAAAUGAAGCGCUAGACAAGGCAGCAGCAAAGAAAGAUGAGAUCAAAGAUUCCGUAGCUAAGAAACACGAAGAGCUUAAAGAUGGUGCCGAAGCUUUAGCACAAAGCGUAGAAGAGAAGAAGAAUGAAGCAGAAAAGGCUGUAGUUGACAAGGAAAAUGAAAUCGAAAAGUCAAUUCAAGACAAAACUGAUGAGGCAAAACAAGCAGUCGAGGCAAAAUCGGGAGAAAUCAAGGCCUCAGUUGAAGGCAAAGUCAGUGAUGUUAAAGAUGCUGUAAAUGACGCAGCUGUAGCGGCCCAAGAAAAGGCUUCCGACGCUAAAGAUGCCAUUCAAAGUAAAGCCAGCGAAGUUGGACAAGCCAUUCAUGAUAAGACCAGUGAAGCCAAAGAGGCUCUCACAGGAACUGGCCACGCAAUCAACGAUCAAGCAAACAAAAUUGGAGAUGCCAUCCAUGAUAAAACUAGCCAAGCCAAAGAAAAGGCUAGUGAAGUAGGAAACGCUGUGAACGACGAAGCAAACAAACUCGCACAAUCUCUACAGGACAAGACAUCAGAAGCUAAAGAAAAGGCAAGUGAAAUUGGAAAGAGUUUGCAAGAUGGAGCCAGCAAAGUUGGACAAUCCAUUCAAGAUAAAACAAGCGAAGCGAAAGAUAAGGCUAGUGAGUUCGGACAUAAUGUAGGCAACGCUAUCCACGACACAGCCAGCAAUAUCGGACAAGACCUCCACGACAAAACAAGUGACGCUAAGAACAAAGCUAAUGAACUCGGAAACGCAGUUCAUGAUAAACUGGCUGGUUUUGGAUCUGCUGUACAUGAAACUGCGAGUAAUGUCGGGGAAUCUGUUCAGAGUAAGACCAGCGAAGCCAAGGACAAAGCUAAGGAAAUUGGACAUUCUAUACAAGACAAAACGACUGAAGCUAAAGACGCCAUUCACGACAAAGCCGGCGAAAUAAGCGAAGAUGUGCAUGAAAAAGCCAGCGGCUUCGGCCACGCCAUCAAAGACACCUUCAGCGGUAUCGGCCACGCUCUUCACGAUACAUUCAGCGGAUUCGGUCACUCAGUCCACGAAAAGAGCCAGGAGGCCAAAGACUCAGUAGAAAGCACAGCCGCAGAAGUCAAAGAUGCCGUCCAUGAGAAAACAGAAGCAAUAGACAGCGCCAUACAAAGCAAAACCAACGAAUUAGGAGACGCUAUCCACAGCAAAAAGGAAGCAGCACAAAGCGAUCUGGAGAGGAUAAGGCAAGAGGCUGAAAUAACAACAGAACAAAUAAAGAAAUCCGCAGAAGAUGCGAUCAACGCAGCAGCGAACAAAAAAGGAGAAAUCCAGUCAAACUUGAGCAACAAAUUCGAUGACCUCCAACAAUCAGGGAAGGAACAGUUUGAAUACCUACAGCAAUCGGCCACCGACAAAGCAAGCGACCUGCAGAGGUCCUCAAAACAGGCGUUCGAUCACGUACAAGAUUCAACCUUGAGUUCUUUCGAUAAGGUCGAAAGUUCGGCGAAGGAUAAAGUGAGCGACGCGAAGGACAAGUGGGAUGAGAUGCAAAGCUCUACCAGGGACACGUUUGCCUCCAUGAGGGAUGACAUGCACAGCUUGGGCAGUUCUGCUGAAGACACGCUCCAUUCGUUCCAGAGUUCGGCGGGCAAUACAUUUGACAGCUUAGUCGAUUCCGCGAAAUUGGUUCUGUCUGAUGCACAACAAAACGUUGAGGAAAGUUCGAAACAGCUGUUUGGUGAUGCUAAGGGGUAUUUCGAGGGUUUCCAAGUAUCGGCUGAUAAUAAGUUGGAGGAGAUUAAGGGUUCGGCUAAGGAGGGUGUAGAGUCGGCGGAGGAGAGGCUGGGAGAGGUCGCGGAGGGCGUGAGGGGGGCGGAGCAGGCGGCCGCGGACGCUGUGGCGAGGGAAGCUGACUCCUUCACCAGUAAUCUGAACAAUUUGGGCAGUUCCGUCUUCGGAUCUUCAGGAAAAGGUAAAGGAUUUAUGAAGGAUUCGAGCACCAAGUUACUAGAGUCGGAAAAGUCACAAUCAUCCCCACACAAGAAGAGUUCCGGCUUCUUCGCGAAACUUCGGCGCAAUCCAUGAAGAUCGUCGGUGAAGCUGCGCAUCGCUUCUACUAACUAUAUAAAUAUUAAUACAACAUACAGAAGGUCCAAUUUACACAAAACUUGUGUUUCACUUAGGGAUCGAAAAUGUCGCAGAUACACUGGUUCGAGACGUUUUCAUGUAAACCAAAGUGACUGCAUAAGUUUUAUGCACAUAAAAAAACUAUACUACGAUAAAGGUUAUGCGUCUUUGUCAUUUCGUUUGAGAUAGAUAAGGACAGCAUAAAAUCACACUGUCGUUGUAAAAUGCGUUAGUUCAUUGGAUUUUCUGUACGUUUUUCUAUCGUGACAUUAGACUUAAGAUUGGAUGUGGAGGCCGUAUUAAAGAUAUGCAUCGUAAUGUCUCAAAUUAAAGUUUAGCUGUUGAACUAGAUAAGACAUGCUUAACCUAGGCUGACUGUAAAAGUACAUGUAUGUUAUAAAUCCAUAGACAAACAUCGAUAAGAGUUAACUGUCAAUUUCUAACAAACUUUAAUUACUAAAUUGUCUUUGAAAGAACUUUAAGUGUUAUUUUGAAUGUAAUUUGACCUCUUGCAUUUGAUUAAGCAAUCAAUUUCAAAAUUAUUCUUCUAUUAUGUGUAAGAGGUUAGAAAUACAUAUUUGACAGAUCCAAUCUUGAUAAUUAGUAAAAGGUAUGUUGUGUGCGAAAUUAAUAUCAUAUCAGAGGACUUAUCACUUUUAAAAGUAAUAUUAUUGCAGUUGUGUGAAAGAGAUACUGCUCUACGUCUUGUAGUGCGCCGUCCCGCUUCCACAGCUACAAAAGAGACACUUUAAGUGGUAGGUCCUCUGAAUGUAAAUCUUGAAGUAACAUUUAAUUGGGUUAGAUUGUAUUUCUAUACAGGUCACUCCUAGAGGUGCUUUUUAAAUGGUGGCCACUGAUUAUUUAAUAUAAGUACAAUGUAAAUGCCCCGGCGCUGUGUGGAGAGAAUCUAUAAUUCUAUAUCGACGAUCUAUGAUCUGUCUACUGCUAUUAAAAAUAGCUUAUGAGGUAAAAUAUCAAUGUAUUGUUAGUACCUAUAAGUUAACAUAAAGACACUUACUGGUUAAGGGGUGUUUUUAUUUUGACUUCAAGGACAGAAGAGGUUAAAAAUGUGUUAAUUAGAUGGAUUACGAAAGCUUGCGAUUCUAGGUGUUCAGUCACAAGAUUUAAAGAAUGUCUUAAUAUUUCCAUUCGACAUGUCUCUUCCUAAUAAACUUUAUAAUAUAAAGCUUACAUUGGUUCUCUAUGACAUAAUAUCGAUAUAAUAGUGGUGCUGGUGAAGUAUUGGACUAUCGAUAUCGAUAAUGUUACAUUUUCGUCGUACUUCACUACAAUAUUACGUGCACUAUUUAUGUAAGAUUUACCAUUUUAUAGUGUAACGAUCAUAGAUAAAUUUUAAUAUUUUAGGUAUUGAGCUGUGUACACAAUAGCGCGUGGUACAUGCGUGCGUUAUAGCCAAUAGGAUUCAGAAGUCAUAAAUAUAUAUAUUGUACUAAAACUAGUAUAUAGAAAUAUAUGUUCCUUAUUUUUGUAUCUAUCAUGAAUUCGAAUUUCAUUUUCGAUAAUUUCGAAAAAACCUUCCAUUGUUCCCGUGUGUACACGGCUUUAAUUGAGUGUUUCGAAUACAUACCACAAAAUAUUUUGUAUUGUUGAAUUUAAUAAUGUUAAUUGCAUUUUAUAUACAUUUGAGUAACGAUAAGUUAUUAACCCUUUGAAAUUUUAUCAAUGUGUAGUUUAACUUCUUGAAAUGGUAAAAUAAUAAUGUCUUCGAUUGACGGUAGGUAUGUAAAUUGUUGGUAAUUAAAACUGCACCUUAUUCUCUCCUUCAAAGGGAUUAGGUUCCCGUGAUGAUGCAGUUUCAAAUAUUUAGAUACGCCUUCAACUGGGGUAUAUAAAGGAUUAGUAUGAAACUGAUGUACCAACAUCACAUAUUGGUUCCAAGACUAUUUGGCCAACAUUUGUUUUAGAAAAUAGGUCUGUUUCCUGAAUACAAAUGUUGGGCAAAUGUUUGAGCUAUGUGAAUUGGGUUAAACUUAUAAUAUUCUAAUGUAUAAUAUAGUUUGCGUGUAACUGCAUACCUACAUAACAUUUCGAAAGUACUGUGAUGCCAAA